UUUAUGUAUACUUUUAAAAUGUAUACUUAUACGUAAGACAUGCUGAUAUUCAGUGUAUAUUCAUUAUAUGUAACAUUUCAUAAAUGAGACAAUGUUGACAUAGUCUGUCCCAUUAGCUAAGGAAAUGUAUUAAACGUCGAGACGUUGCAAACAAAUUGUCACUCAAUAUCCGACCGUUUUCGCAUCGCCUAUAAUUAAUGACUUUCUGACUUUGGCGCUCUCUUUCUCGUCUGCCUCACUCACUCCUUCGCGCCUCGUCAUGCCGGGGAACGGUAAGCAUCAAAGUUUGACUUAUUUUCAACUAAAUGUCUAAAUAACAGUUGCUGUUUUUAUAUAACUUUUUAAGACUUUUUUUUUAGAGAGAUAUCUAAGUUGACUACUUCUUUCUUUCUUUCUUUCUUUCUCUCUCUCUCUCUUUAUCUUUUUUUCUUUCUUUUUUACUGUCUCGAUUUCUCUUUUAAGUAGAAGGUUUUUUAACCCGACCUUUUCAAUGUUUUGCCAAUAGAAACUCUAGGCGAUAGCCUAAAUGAAACUUCACCGUUAACUAUCACUUGGAUCCACCUCGGUGCCCUUUUAUUUUUAAUCAUUCCUAUUGGGGUUGUUUGUAACAUCACUGCUUUAGUUGUAUUUUGUCUAUCUUCUUUAAGAAAAUCUAGUACUGGACAUUACUUAAUGGCUUUAGCCGCUGCUGAUAUACUUUUUCUCUUGGCCGAACUGUUAGCUAAUUUGAAUAAUUAUACGGAUUCUCAAGGAUUCUUAUUAAAUGUGGACUUUUCUCAUAGAUCAAGAAUAGCUUGUAAGCUUAUAUAUUUUUUACGAUACUCGUCAAAAUUUACAUCUACCUGGUUAACUGUCGGCAUAACUGUUGAACGCCUAUUAACUGUUGUUGUUCCUCUACACGUUGGAUCAAUAUCCACACCAACUGUAGCUAAAUUCAUGCUUCUUAUAGGACCAAUUAUAACAACUACUAUCUGCAUUGGAGGAGCUCUUAGUAUUGAUAUUAUUAAAUUUAGUAAUAAUGAGACAAGUUUAACAUUAUGUAUGGUAAGCGACAAGAGAAUGUACGAAUUAUGGAGUUUAAUUGUUCUUGGAAUUUUUGAGAUGAUUGUUCCCAGCUUAAUUGUGAGCAUUUGUACGAUUAUAAUUUUAAUUCAUUUAAGGAAAGCUAAAAAAGAAAGAAUGGGCAGAUUAGAAGGUCAAAAGAAAAGUUUAACAAACUCAACAAAUCAUCAUAAAUCUAAACAAUCCCAACUUACCUUUAUGCUACUUUUAGUGGCAAUAACUUUUGUUCUGAUACGAUUACCGAAUCUUAUCACCUAUCAUAGUGAUAGGAUCUUAAAAAGUUUUAAUAAUGGUACAAGUCAUAAAACAAGAGAAGAAAGUUUCAAAUGGCUAGUUGCUAUAAGGAUAACUAAUUUAUUCGCAGUGUUUAACCAUAGUAUCAAUUUUUUCCUCUACUGUCUGGGAGGAUCAGCAUUCAGAAAGGAAUUAUUAAAAAUAUUCUGCAGACGACGGCAAUUGAACCAGUGGCAGUUGCAAAUGUCCUCUUCUGCGUCUAAACAAAGUGGUCGGAAGAAAUCAAGUAAAGAAGCACAAGUUUGAGUAAAUAAUGAUAUAUACGUCUGCUAUAUGUGUAUAUAUGUAUAGCAUUCAGUGGACAAUGCCUGUAUAUACAGUAUACACACAUACGAAACUAUGAUAAUGGUUUAAUGAUAUUAGGGGAAAAAGGCUAAAAGUUACCUCUUUGUUGUAUUCUAGGAAUAUAUUUUUCGAUGGAGAUUGAAAAGUGAAUAUUUCAUCAUAUUGUCUGUUAUUAUUAAUAAAUGCUAGGAAACCUUAGUUAUUGCAAUCUUUCAUCUCUUCUACUCCGUAAACAAAUAGGAAUAUACAGAAUAUUUACAGUCCUCGAAGCUAAUUGCGAAA